AUGUUUGCUGGCUUCGCCGCGGCUCAAGCAUCUCCGCAAGCCGCUGCUGCUCCAACAAACUACUCGCAAGCCACUGUGAGCGCUCCUUACCAGGCCUCUGCUUACCCGCCCAGCAACGCUUACAACAACUACUCAUACCCAGCCUAUGCGGCCGCUGCACCUGCCACCUCCUACCCCGCUGCUCCGUCGAUGAACAACAAUCGCGGAUUUGGUAGUACCUAUGAUCCCGAAGAAGAGGCUCGAAUUGCAGAGUGGAAUAGCGCAUACAACGCCGGCGACGCAAACGCAAAGAAGGGAGCAGGCGCAACCGCCAGUGUACGUCCUGAAGCUGCAGCAACUCCCGACACAGAGGCCGGCCAGUCGGCUGAUGGCAAACGCAAAACCGUCAUUCGUGAAGGCGGUGGGAAACAGUGGGAAGACGAAACACUGCUUGAGUGGAACCCUCUUCACCCGCGACUCUUCAUUGGCAACCUUGCUGGUGAAGUCACCGAUGAUUCGCUCCUCAAGGCUUUCGCAAAGUACCCGUCUCUGUCCAAAGCCCGCGUUGUCCGAGACAAAAAAUCCACAAAGAGCAGAAGCUACGGUUUCGUGAGCUUUUCUGACACCGACGACUACUUCCGCGCCGCCAAGGAAAUGAAUGGCAAGUACAUUGGAAGUCAUCCAGUCCUCAUCAAGCGAGCCACGUCUGAAGUCAAGGCUGUUACUAAGCGGGACGACAAGCACAAGCAGGGAAAGAACAAGAACAACAAAAAUAACAGAGAAAAGACUACCGCCACUAGCACUCCUGCUGUUGUGGCUUCCCCGGCCAUGUUCGUUCCCCGUGGUGUCCAGAAGAAGGGCAAGAACAGCGGUCCUAGGAUUCUAGGUUGAUCCGUCUGUUGGGCUUGAGCAUUCUCAGCCAGACAAUACAUCAGGCUGAACAGAUGUUUGCUGCCAUGUGAUGCCUCAAAAUUCUUCAUGGUUAGUCUAUUUCCGCCUCCAAGCGAUUCAUCUUGAGUAUUUAUUUUCAUCUUGAGCAUUUAUUUCAUCUUGAGCAUUUAUUUUCAUCUUGAGCAUCUAUUUUCAUCUUGAGCAUCUAUUUUCAAUCUUUAUUUGUGCAUGACUCUGGCGUUGAAUUAACGCUGAGAGAAUGAAGGAUCGGGGCCUUGAAGGAUAUUCAAGCCAGGUAUUUGUGUAGCUAAGGCAAAUGUGUUGUGGGGUAUUGAAAAUAACCUCGGGAAGGAAGGGCUCAUGGUGUGCUUUGCAUGCUCAGGUCGAAAGGAUAGACGGUUUUUUUCUUUGGGAUGUACCAAAAUUACACUACAACGCAUCGGUGAACUGUAAA